UCCGGAAGGACUGUUCAGCACCCGUGCCCGUGAAGUCGUCCUCUAUGCCUGUUUUUGCCUUUUAACGUGUGUAGCAGGUUCUUUUUUUUGUCAGACGGUUGUAACAGCAGAUGAGUUAUUAGCUGAUAGUUGGCGCAGGGUUAGGAGAUGACGGCCAGAGGGACGACGAGCCGCUUCUUGAGAAGCGUUCUUCAGAACGGGGUCGGUCGGUAUGUCUGCCAGCUCAAACGGGUCUCCAUCAUCUUCUCCAAAAACGCACAGAGCUCGUUGGGAGUCAGGGAGUUUAUUGAAGAGGGAGUGGUGGAUUAUGCCAAGAAGAACCCUGGAACUGUCGUGUACGUGUCUCCUCAGUCCUGCAGGAUACCCAAAAUAGUUGCAGAGUAUUUAAACGGCAACGUGAGGGAAGAAAUGGUCACAAACAAAACGUCUCCCCAGAUUUCAGAGCUUUUGACCAAACUGACCAAUCAGUCUGGCCUGGACAUCAUCCGCAUACGCAAACCCUUCCACACAGACAGCCCCAGCAUCCAGGGCCAGUGGCACCCAUUCACCAACCGGCCCCCAUCUAUCGGCCCCAUCAAGCCACAGAAACAGGAGGCUGAAUAAAGACUAAAGUCUGACAGUUUGGAAGUCUCCUCCAGUUUAACUCAAUCUUGAGAGAUAUGUCUUUUCUUUUGAGCUGUCUUUUUUGUCUGUCUGCACAGGCGAAGCACUUCUCAUGUUUCCACCAAUUGUCCAGUGUAUUUGUUAUUUGAUUUUUCUGCGUAAGACUCCACUACUGACUGAAUAUUUUUUGCUGGGCUGUUCUGUCUGGUGGUGGCAGCAAAGGCACUUGAGCAGGGAAAAUGCACCCAGUCCCGGCUCUGAAUGCUUCGUUUGAAUAGAGUUCACAUGAGUCCACCAGAGGCUUGUCAGCUGGCACGUUACAAAGCAGAUAACUGGUUUUAAUCGCAAGGUUAUUUGAAGAUUCAUGUAAUGAGUGCAGCGCUCAAGAGCAGAUGGAACCUCGUAUGAAAUAAAAAGAUAUUUUUUUGUGCAAAUGCUGGCAUUGGUGUUUAAAUUUAGAUUUUACUUGCGUUUGAACUGCUUGUCAGAAUAACAUCAACCGAGAAAAACCGACUGCAGCGGUGCCGCCUGCAUUAUUCAUUCUAACUGAUUUAACUCCAGUUAAAAUAUUUUACAGACAAGACACAUAUCUCAUGUACACCUGUUUUAUUUGUAUGACAUGUUUUUACAGUUUUAUACUGAUAAGCUUUGAAGGUCUCCUUUCUGCACAACCUUUAAUGAUCCAGAGCUUAAAUGAACAUGACAGAUGGUAGUGUGAUAGCUUGAGGGACAACUCUUAACCUUCAGCACAGAGCUGUCCUCUGUCUCCACUGUAACAGGAACAGAAAACUAACACUCCAGUGGGCGAUUCGUUCAAAUUAAAUGAGGCGGAUGUUGGAAAAACUACUCGCUGCUUUUUUGCCCUUCACAUCCUGAGCCUGUCAUUUUUUGACUGUAAAAACCAUGACCUGCUCACGAAAAUACAGAUGCACACAACCUCAAGCUCAUAAUCGGAUGA